AUGGUGAACUCAAUAUCAAACUCUGGAGUUCAGCUGUCGUACCAAGCGAUAACCGGCGACAGUUGCCUUCAGUUGGCAAAUCUCGUCGAUCAGCUUAUGUACCAGGUGAACGGCGCACCGCUGAACAACGAUCAACAAGUCAAUUGCGUCACUGUUUUGAACAGAAUCAAACAAAUGGCUGAGGACAACAGCGGACAACAAGGGGAAAUUUGCUCCAACGUUCUCUCAAUGUUACAAGCUGAAGGAGUAUCGAUGUACAGUGAUAAUUCGAAUUACCAGGAAUAUCCGAGCAACAAUGGGAACGAUCAGAAUGAAAAUGGAAUGAAUAACAACGGUAACAUGAAUGGAUAUGAAAAUUAUGCAGUCGUAAACGGAAUGGCUUACGGUGACGGUGGUAGCGUCACUCAAAACGAAAAUGGAGGUAAGAAAAAUGAUUACUUGGGCGGCACUCCUAAGGAACCAACUGGCAGCAGUCUCAAAAAUGAAAACGGUGGAAUGAGCAACCAAAUGGACAGUAGUUCUGAAUACAUGAACGAUGAAACUGGUGGUAACAGUGAGAGACAAACGAACGCCGGUGGUUCUAAUCAAGCGACUCCUUUCCAGGCGGAAAGACCAUAG